AUGUAUGACAGGGAUGGGGAGAAGGAGCGCCACCAAGCUGGGACUGGCUAUUUUGGUGACAAUGCCAGCUUUGUGCCAGUUCAGAGUGUGGUGGAGCCACAAUGUGUUGUCAAUAAAGUCCUGGAGCAAAAGGAGGAUUUGAAGUCGGUCCCCGCUGCCUUUGCGGAACAACAGCCGCUCUCCGCUCGCUCAGGUUCUGAGUCUGCUUCUCCACGUGGCACCUUGGAGUUUCUAGCUGGCACCAUUACCUCCAACGAGUGGAGUUCUCCCACCUCCCCUGAGGGGAGCAACGACUCAGGGGGCAGUGAGGCCUUGGACAAACCAAUUGACAAUGAUGCUGAGGGUGUAUGGAGUCCAGACAUUGAGCAGAGCUUCCAGGAAGCGCUAGCCAUCUACCCACCAUGUGGACGGCGGAAGAUUAUCUUGUCAGACGAAGGCAAGAUGUAUGGCCGAAACGAACUGAUAGCCCGCUAUAUUAAGCUGAGAACAGGGAAAACACGGACAAGGAAACAGGUAUCUAGUCACAUCCAGGUCCUGGCAAGACGAAAAGCUCGAGAGAUCCAAGCCAAGCUCAAGGAUCAGGCAGCUAAAGAUAAAGCCAUGCAAAGUAUGGCUACAAUGUCAUCUGCCCAGAUUAUCUCUGCAACAGCCUUCCAUAGUAAAAUGGCCUUGCCUGGUCUCCCACGACCAGCCUACCCUGCUGUUUCUGGGUUUUGGCAAGGAGCUUUGCCAGGCCAAGCUGGAUCUUCCCAAGAUGUGAAACCUUUUUCUCAACAACCCUAUGCUGUGCAACCUCCACUUCCAUUACCAGGGUUUGAGCCUCCUGCUGGUCUCUCACCUUCCCCAUCAGCACCAGCUUGGCAAGGACGAAGGGUUGCUAGCUCCAAACUUUGGAUGUUAGAAUUCUCUGCGUUCUUGGAACAACAACAAGACCAAGACACAUAUAACAAACACCUGUUUGUGCACAUUGGGCAGUCAAGCCCCAGCUACAAUGACCCCUACCUCGAGGCAGUGGAUAUCCGGCAGAUCUAUGACAAGUUCCCUGAGAAAAAAGGGGGCCUGAAGGAGCUCUUUGAAAGGGGGCCAGCUAAUGCCUUCUUCCUUGUCAAAUUCUGGGCUGAUUUGAACACCAAUAUUGAAGAUGAAUCCAGAUCUUUCUAUGGCGUUUCCAGCCAAUAUGAGAGCCCUGAAAACAUGGUCAUUACCUGUUCCACUAAAGUAUGCUCCUUUGGAAAGCAGGUGGUGGAGAAAGUGGAGACAGAGUAUGCACGCUAUGAAAAUGGACAUUAUUCCUAUCGCAUCCACCGCUCCCCUCUCUGUGAAUACAUGAUUAACUUCAUCCAUAAACUCAAGCACCUCCCUGAGAAGUAUAUGAUGAACAGUGUGCUGGAGAACUUUACUAUCUUACAGGUUGUGACAAACAGGGACACACAGGAGACCUUGCUGUGCAUAGCAUACGUUUUUGAGGUGUCAACUAGUGACCACGGUGCCCAACAUCACAUCUACCGGCUGGUGAAGGACUAGAGACUCUCUGCCCCAAGUCAUCCAUGGGAUAUAUGUCUGAGGAAAAAGCCCAUGCUUGAACACCCCCCUAUCUUCCAAUAUCAAAUUGAAAAAUAAACUGCAGAUAUUGUGUAUUUUCAGACAAGCACCUCUGAGCUGUUGAUUGAGAGGGUCAAAUAAUAAGUUUGUAUCUCCAGGUUUGUGCAAGUGGGGGAGAAGACUUGGAGUUAAAGAAAGAGGCAAAUAAUUUCAUAGGGAGUUUAUUACAAACAACAUCCUCUGGGAUGUAUCCCCCACACUGGGAAAUUAAGCCUCAGAGCAGUCACCGGGUGUGAUCAUGCAGAUAAAAAGACCAGUAUGCACCUGAGCAUACAGCUAUAGCAGUGGUAGUAGCAUCCACAAGCUAGACCACUUAAGUACCAGUUGAAAGGGUGCAUGAUAGGCCCUUUAUGUGUGUGUGCACUCAUAUGUAUACAUUCAUAGGUCUAGGCAUGCACAGACAUACUUCCUAUAUGUAUGUGUAAAUACAUAUACAGUUAGACAUGCAUGGGCAUAUGCAUAUGUAUGUAGAGAUGCACAUAGUAACCUACACAUCUGCCUGUCUAAUGGCCCACCUUUGCAGAUGGGCAGUCACAUUCUCCUUCAGCUAUACUGUCAGGGGCUGAACAUAGUUUUCCUCUCUUCCAUGCACAAUAGUGAGAGGCUAACCUUUCUUCUGCCUUUAAA